UCUGUCUGUCUCUCUGUCUUUUUCUCUGUUCAUUUCUGUGAACUGUUAGCUUUCUGCUAAGAAAGAAGGGAAAUGGGGGCUCUUGAUUAUCUUUCCAACUUUUGCACUGUCACCAGCACAAGAAGCAAACGCAAACCAAUGCAGACUGUUGAAAUCAAGGUUAAAAUGGACUGUGAUGGCUGUGAAAGAAGAGUGAAAAAUGCUGUUACCUCAAUGAAAGGUGUAAAAACAGUGGAAGUAAACCGAAAACAAAGCCGGGUAACGGUAAGCGGCUACGUUGAUCCGAACAAGGUGUUGAAGAGAGUGAAGAGCACUGGAAAGAGAGCAGAGUUCUGGCCUUAUAUCCCUCAACAUCUUGUCUAUUAUCCUUACGUUUCUGGUGCCUACGACAAAAGGGCACCCUCCGGCUUUGUUCGAAACGUUGUGCAAGCGUUUCCAGCAACUUCUUCCUCGAAUGCACCCGAAGAGAAUUUCGUAUCGUUCUUCAGCGAUGAUAAUGUUCAUGCAUGUUCAAUAAUGUAAGAAGAAUUAGAUGGUGAAUUUUUUGUUAUGUACUACUUUAUUUUAACGGUAUUGGUAUGAUUUGCCAGUUGCUUGGAUUA